AUGAGCUUCACCGUGGUGGAGGUCCGGCCGCCAGGGGCGGCCCCGCCUGGGGCCGACGACCUGGAGGUCGUGACCCUCUCGCCCGGGGACGGCAAGACGUUCCCCAAGGCGGGCGACAAGUUGACGAUGCACUACACGGGCACGCUGGCCUCGAACGGCCAGAAGUUCGACUCCAGCCGCGAUCGCAACGAGCCGUUCAGCUUCACUAUCGGUGUCGGCAUGGUGAUCCCAGGGUGGGACGUCGGGGUCAUGAGGAUGUCGCUCGGUGAGCGCGCGGAGCUUCGGAUACCCGCGGCCAUGGGCUACGGCCAGCGGGGCGCGGGCGAUGCCAUACCUCCGAACGCGGACCUGGUCUUCGACGUGGAGUUGCUGCGCAUCAACCAGUGA